ACUAGAUACAAAGCGCCGUAACAUCCGCUUCAAUACAUAAAUUAGUCCAACAUCAAGAGGGUGUAUCUACGAUACUGACUUCCAUUAGUCUACCUUUACAUAACUAAAACUUCAUUAUUAGUAACAUUUGUUUAAGUAUUCUAGAUCUAUAUAGUUCUUGCUAUUCUGGUACCAAGCUCCUUGAUGAACUAAUUGGCUGGGGGCAAAGAUCUGAUUAAAGACAUUUUAUUUUCUCAUUUCUACACACAAUGGCAACAAGAAGUGGGCCACAACGUCCUAAUGGUGCAACACAGGGCAAAAUAUGUCAGUUUAAAUUAGUAUUGCUAGGAGAAUCUGCAGUUGGGAAAUCCAGUUUGGUUUUACGUUUUGUCAAGGGACAGUUUCAUGAAUAUCAAGAAAGUACAAUUGGAGCUGCAUUCCUGACACAGACUGUCUGUCUUGAUGAUACAACAGUGAAAUUUGAAAUCUGGGAUACGGCUGGUCAGGAACGUUACCACAGUCUGGCACCUAUGUACUACAGAGGAGCUCAAGCAGCUAUAGUUGUAUAUGAUAUUACAAAUCCAGACACAUUUGGCAGAGCCAAAACUUGGGUGAAAGAGCUUCAACGUCAAGCAAGUCCAAACAUUGUGAUAGCCUUGGCAGGCAACAAGGCAGAUUUAGCCAAUAAAAGAAUGGUGGAAUAUGAUGAGGCACAGUCCUACGCAGAGGAAAACAGUCUACUUUUUAUGGAGACAUCAGCCAAAACGGCAAUGAAUGUUAAUGAUAUUUUCCUUGCAAUAGCCAAGAAACUGCCCAAAAGUGAUAGCACUGGAACACCCCAACAGAGACAACAGGGAGGUGUCAGACUCAACAAUGAACAGGGGGGCCAACAGUCAGAAGGAGGAUGCUGCAAGUAACCUACUCUUGGCCUAUUUAUACAUGCACUCAAAUUGUUUUGGUUGAUUUCAACACAAAAUGUCAUUCAGUUGCUCCUCCUGUACACAGUAAUUGUUUAUAUGUAUUUUUAUUUUAUGUGCUUUUAUAAAUAAUUUGGUCAUCAAUUUAGUCCUUUUUCUUUUGGGAAUUGUUUUGAGCGACAACAAUAAAAAAAAAGACUAAAUUAUUCCAGUAUAAUUAGAUUGUGUACAAAGUUUGGUGGAUCUCUCUACCUUUGUUGUUGUGGUGCAGAGAACUUACACUUGCAACAAGCCAACAGUUUUUAAUCAGCAGGUUGUCCAUUAAUCAUGUCUCAUCAUUGUCCUGCUUGACAACCCAGCUGGUAGAAGUAGGAUCAAAUAUCCCUUGAAUUAAAAGAAUUUAUUAUUUUUUUCUGGCAAGAUGUAUUGGACAUUUUGCUUAUGAAAACACACACACAAAAUGAGGUAUGUUUGUGACAAUACAGGUAGACUGACUUUGCAGGCAUUGUCACAGAAAUUGAGACUAGAAUAUUCACACGGUUUGUGUUUUUCUUGUCCUUGUAGAGUCCAGAGAAUGGAUUACAAAAAGGAAAUAGCUUGCAGUCCAGAGUUUGUGUUUUAUUUUUCAAUUUAUUUUCUAAGAGAAUGAAGUCUGGAUAAGUUCAUGUCAAUCAUAUUGAUUUCAUGUUUUGUAUUAGAGAUACUGAUGAUUGAUAAAGGUGUAAGGGUCUAAAUAUAUAUUCUACUGAGAGAACAACUGAUAGGUUCAUAUAGAUAGCAGUGUUGUGAACAGCUGCAGCCAUCACAUUGUCACCAGGCUCAGAAGUGUGUUUCAUAAAUUCUCCCCUCCAUCUUAUAUACACAUAUAUAUAUAUAUAAAUAUACAUGUAUCAAUAAAUUGUUUAUACACCCCUUUAUUUGUGAUUACUUGUCAGUGUUUUUGUUUUUUUCUCCCCCCUCAUUUUUUCUUCAAGUGAUAAUUUUUCUAGUUAGUAGUGGAGUUUUGGGUUAUUAAUUUUUUUUUUCUGAAAAGAUUUUAUUUAAUUAAAUCUUUUUUUCUUCUCAACCAAGAAGAAAAUUAAAUUUUAAAAUGACAUCAAUAAAAGCUGAUUGAUUUAAUGCUUGGAACUGUAUGUGUUCUUCGACACUAUUUCACAGAUUGCAUUUUUUUCCUUCAGUUUACUUGUUUUCACUCAACAGCACUACCAUAUAUAUUUAUUAUAGAUAUAUUUAUCAAAAUCAGGAUUUAAAAAAUUAUUAAAAAAAAAGACUUUACAUGAACAAAUGAAACACAGUUGACUACAAUGACAUGUAAGAUAAGUUGGUUUGCUAUGGUAUUGAUGUCUAGUGAAAUUGUCCAUUGUGCUUACUGGCUUACAAUUUGUAUUAACACGAUGGUGUCACCAUCACUCCACCAUUAAAGUUUUGCAUUUUUCAUUUCAUUUCUUUUUUUGUUUUUAUGUUGUUUUUUUUAAACAUUUCUACAGCUGGUAAAAAACAACAAAAAAAAACAACAACAACACCUGUCAUGUUUUGUCACUGUGCUAAGGUAAUAAAAGAAAUCUUAGCACAAAGUUCUCCUAUAAAAUCCUAAUAUUCCUAAUAUAGUUUGAUUUAUUGUCUCUAAAAGUCUAAAAUUGUUUUUUUGCUUGCUUGGUAUCUGAGAAAUAUGUGAUAACCUUGCGACUGCAAAGUAUAAUUGAGUAAGAGACCCCAAAAAAUGUGUGAUUUUUAAUUACUUCCCUACUUAAGAAUGGCUCUAGUGAAUGCUAUUCUUCUUUGGACUUUUUAUUCCAUUAUUGAGUAUUUGAAUGUUGUCAUGUUUUGAUGCUUUUGUUGUGAGAUGACAGAAUAGAAAUAAAAUACAACAUGAAAUGUUGGUCUGCUAGGACUAGUUUGUAUUGUUCAGUUGCAAUAUUUUUAAUGUGAGGAAUUUCUUUUGAUUAUCAUAGUCUGGUAUUUUCAUUUCCAGUAGUCUUAGCUUUUAUGUUACACAAGAUUUUUUGUUUACUGCAAACCUUUGUUUGAAAAACUCUCAUGAUAUUUCAUUUUGAAAACUAAUAGGAAAACUAUCCAUAUUUUUCUUUUUCUUAGCAAUGGAAUAAUGAAUUACACAAGUUGAAUUAGUUGAAAUGCUUUCUUUUUUUUUGUCUAAUCAGUGUUUUCAUAGUUAAUUUUUCUAUCCAUUGAACCCUGAUAUUGUCAGUAAUCAAUGCUUGGUCAUAUUCAGAGACUGUUUUAGAUACUGUUUGAAAAUUGAAUUGGAUUCCCCUUCAAUUGUUGUGGGAAACUUGUUAUACAUUUUAAACUCUAAUGUGUUGUUUGUUUUUUAUUUAAACGUUUCAAGCCAUCUCAAUUUUUAUUUGCUUUCUGCUUUUCAAUUUCUUGUACUGAGCAGUUGGUAGAUUCUAUUUCUCUUAACACAAAUCAACUGUUUGACUCACUAUUUAUUAAAGACUUUCAAUUGUGCCACUUGGAGAACACAACUUUGGCUUUCUAGUGCACAGACUUCAAUUUUAAAGCUAAAGUAUAUUGUAAUGGAAUGUGUUUCACUUUUAAUAAUAUUAUAAUUUGAGCAUGACAACUGCCUAGAAUUAACUUUGAGUUUAUGCUGGAAAUGGUAGAGGACUAAUGCGAGUGAAGUUUAGAAACUCAUUUUGAGCUAUAGAAAAGAUAUCUCUGAAAACAUCAGAUUUCUUGGCCUAGAAGACAACUAAAAGAAACACUUGCCUAGUUUGACGUGGAGAACAAGUGGUGUAGAAAUCAUUUUGCCUGUCAUUGUUGUGUGGGUUGAGUGUGGGAUGCCUGGCAUUGGGUUUGCUUUCAUGUAAUAUGCUGUAUUUGGUUUGUCAAGAAAGCUGUGAUGCUCUGUUGGCCAAUGUGAAAUGUAUUAGCCUAAUGUUGUUUAGCUAUCAUGAGCCACUAACACAAAAAAAUGUUAGUUUUACGUUGCUUGUUGAGAUGACUAUAUUACUUGAUGUGACUAGUGUACAUUACAUGCACACUGAGGUCAUGAAAUUCUCUCUUUCAUCCCUUCAAUUAUCUCAUUCAUAUUUUUUUCUUGUAUCAUGAAGAAUGUCAUUUUGUCUGUCAUGAAUGAUUUUCAAAACAAUGUGCUGGUCAUUCAUUUGUAUUUCAUUGAAACUUACUUAUUGCUUUGUCACAUUUUUUAGAAAGCUUUUUUUAGCUGGUUUAAUUUUCUAAAUUGAUUUAUCUUUAAUUCCAUUUUUAUGAAUGGUAUAACAAUAUUAAGACACAUAAAUGUCUACAUAGUACUCAUUUCUUAUGUUUCCUUUUUAUAGAUUGAAAUAAUUGUGUUAAACACUAGUAAAUUAAUACAAAAUGCCUUCAGAAAAAAAAAUAAGGUCCUAUCUUUCUGAUUCAAUUAAAUGAGCAAAUCUCUUAAAAACUAUUUUAUAAAAUGUUUGUGAAAAUAGACAAACCUACCUAAAAUGUUAGUUGAAACCCUAUUCAUAUCAUUGUUCCCAUACAAUUCUUGUUUUUCCUGUUACUUAGGCAUUAAGACUAAAACCUGGAUCAGAUAGAGUAGUGCUCUGCUUCACCAGGCAUGUCAUACAAGUUCUGUUUUUUUUUUACAUUUCUUCUCUAAUUGAAAUGCUAGAAAGUACCAUGUACAUCCUGAUGAAAUGUGUGUACAAGUAUUGGAGAAAGAGAGUGAGUGGCUGACUGUUAAUUAUGAAAUUUCAAUUGUUCCAUUAUUUUGUUAAUUCUCUACUAUAUUUUGUCUGUUACUAGUUUUUUGGUCUGUCUUAGAAAUGACUUGGAAUAAAAGAAAGUAUGCAAAGACUAA